AUGACGGUACCAACACCACCGUCGACCACGCUCUCAUCACCGCCAUCGCCCACAGAACUGGCCACGCCGAGGCUCCCAAAUUUCGAGAGGGACAGCGAGGACGAGGCCCAGGCCCGAGCCCAGGGAGAGGAGGAGGAGGAGGAGGAGGAAGAAGAGGAUGCCGAGAUGCUCUCGCCGUCGUCGAAACGCAUCAUAAAAACCACCACCACCAUCGUCAAGCCCAUCUUCAUGCGCCCGAAACCCAUCUACGUAAUCGUCGCGACGGCGCUGAAUCCGCCCAUGGGCAUCGGCCUGAGGGGCCAGUUACCCUGGCCGCCCAUCAGGGCGGACAUGGCGUUCUUCAAAAAUGUCACAUCGUACGUCGCCCCGGAGGUCACCAAGGUCGGUUCUUCGCAGUCGGAGCCUUCUUCGUCUUCUUCGUCGGCGGCGGCGACGGCAGGGCCGCGAACGCUCAAUGCCGUGGUCAUGGGCCGCAAGACGUGGGAGAGCAUCCCCCCGAGAUUCCGACCGCUGGCAGGCCGACUGAACGUGAUCAUCACUCGAUCAGAUUCCGAGGAACUCGGACGGAAGAUCCUCGAGGAAUUGACAGCCACGACGCCGCAGCGGCAGUGGGAAUUACAUACCCUCCCCGCCCCGUUCCCGAGUAUGCGGAUGAAACUGAACUCGAGUUCGAAGAAAACAGCCGCCCAGCGAAAACCCAACACGAUCCUCCUCCCAGUCCCACUCCCACAAACAUCGUCAAGAGACGCGUCGUCGAUAUCUCCCAUCCUCAUCUCCUCCUCUUUGCCAUCCACUCUCUCGCUCCUCUCCUCACAAGCUCCGAUCCAGAUCCCGAUCCCGAUCCCAAUCCCCAUUCCGCAGGACCUCGCCAUAACCGCCACACCGACUUCCGCCCCAGGAUCUGGAUCAUCCCGAGAAACAGGCGUGGAGCUCUCCAUCCCCAAGAUCUUCUGCAUCGGCGGCGCCGAGAUCUACCGCCAAGUCCUCUCCCUCUCGUCCGCGACGCUGCACACGCCGACACCCACGACCCCGGUCGGGAGCGAAACAGGCACCGACACCGAAGGCGAAAUGGGCGGCGACGGCUCCGGCAGACACUUUGACGUGCGGAUCCUGCAGACGCAGAUUCGGCGGAGUCGCCAGAAUCGAAAUCGCCCGUCGUCUACCACCACCACUCCAAACACGGCCGCCUCGGAGAAGCUCGAGGAUGGAUCCUCCGAGGACAGAUUCGACUUCGAAUGCGACAUGUUCUUUCCCGACCUGCUCCCGUCGCCGCAUUCGGGCAUCAAGUCGGCAAAGUGGAGACACGUCACGCAGGCAAAAGUCCAGGAGUGGAUCGGGAGGGGCGUUGAGGUGCCCCAGCACCAGGGGAGGAGGAAGGAGAGCAUUGCGGGCGCGGUGGCGGCGGGGCGAGACGAUGAUGACGAUGGCGAUGAGGAGGGACGAGGGGACGACGACCAGGGAGGUCGAAAGGAUAGUACCGCCUCCAUAGCGGGCAGGAGUGCAAAGGACAUGUGGCUCAAGGACGACAAGACGGGUGUCGAGAUGCGUGUGGUGGGUUGGGAGAGGAGGUGA